AUGAGGAUGAAAAAGUCACUAUUCAUCUUGACAAUCGCCAGCUUCUCAUCGGUUCUGUGCCACGAUGGCGCCCCAUUCGACUAUUUCAUGUUCACAACAAUUUACCCGACGGCCGUGUGUCGAGCCGACGACGAUUCUGUCCCGGAUUCGUGUGAAAUUCCGUCCGGAACGCCACAAUGGACGAUUCACGGACUGUGGCCCAACUAUGAGAAUGGCUCGUAUCCACAGAACUGUCAAGGAACACCGAAACACUUUGAUGAGCACCUUAUCAGAGAUAUCGAGACGCAGUUGAGGACGGUCUGGCCGAACUUGUACCCGGCAAAGAGCAUCCAGUCGUUCUGGAAGCACGAGUAUGACAAGCACGGAACAUGUGCUCAGAGCGAUGAUCGAUUCGACACCGAGCUGCUCUACUUCAAAGAGUGCGUCCGUUGUUUGAGAGGGUUUUGAGAGAUGUUCUGUUGUUUCAGAGUGAUGAGAGUGCACGAAUCGAUCAAUGUGGCCGAGGGAAUGGCGUCGAUCGGACCAUCGGACAAACCGAUCAACGCGGACGAAGUACUCAAAGCGCUUUCGGGAGUGACCGGAGGAAAACAGUUCCAUUUCAACUGUCUCAGAGACAAAAAGACAAAGCAGUUCCUGCUCGGCGACGUUCGGUUGUGCUUGAACAAAGAUCUGAGCAUUCGGGACUGUCCGGACAGUCGCAAUAGCCGCAACAACCGAGUGAGCAGGUUCGGCAGAUCCGCCGCGGGCCAUCAGCCUCUGCCAAACUUCCAAGUGAGUCAGAAACAAACGCCAGAUGUGUUUUAUUAG